UUCCUUUUGAAGCUCGAGUACAAAAAAAUGGACUUGGUCAUCUUGAGAUUUGAAUUGAAAACUUUUUUCACUCUCCAAAUGAGGACUCGCAAUUAAUACUAAUUACAAAUUACAAAGGUGCAAUCGUUUUAAUCAAUUGGUUAACUUGAAAACUAUUUUUGUAACUAAACAAUUAGUUGAGUGCCCAUGGCGGCACCUCGGUGGUUUGUCGUGUCUCAACCAUUCACCAGGUGGAGUUUCAAUAAAUCAAUUGACUGUUUUGUUUACAUUUUUGUUUUUCAUUUCUUUUGAUUUUUUUGUUUUGUUGAUUUGUUUUUCUGUUAAUCUCUUUGAUUAAAUUGUUGAUUAAGAGAUUUCUCCUAUUUUAAAAGCUGAUUAACAUGAUUAGUUGAUAAAAAUAAUUCUCUAAUUGUUUCCCUUUAAUUGUCUCACUUCAAAUGAAUAAACGUCCACAUUGAUCUCUAACAUUUUCUCUAAGUGAUCAUCCAUUUGAAUUUGUUUUUUUUUCUCUCUAAAAAAAAUGAUUCAUUAAUUUUCUUAAUUGUUUCAAAUUCAAAAGUGUUUAUAAUUUCUGUUUGUGUUUCUCAUUCAUCCAUUUCUCUAAUUAAAUCACCUCGCCAUCUUUUCUAACACAAACAUUUGGAUCUUUGGGAAUAACAAUAACAAUAAUAAUAUUCAUUUCUCAUUCAUCUUCAUCUUCAAUCAUGAUGUACAGUUUAAUUGAUUACUAUUUAUACAACAAUUCAUUGGUUCUACUUUGUCUAAUUCCAAUCUUAUCAUGGAUUAGUAUUUGGUUAUUCCUUUUCGUUUUAUCUUGGCUACUUAAAACUAAAUAUGGUUCAAUUUUGAGAAUCAAUGGAAUCAGAUUUUUCCAACUUAAUGGUCUCACCUUAUUAUUAUCCGAUGGAUGUAAAAUUGAGAUAGACUUUAUAUGGUUAUCGGUUCAUUUGAUUAAUUCAAACAAUCAAUCUCUAAUUGGAAUUAAUUUCAGUGGUUGCAGAAUUGAAGGUGGAAAUUUAAGAUUAUUUUCUUCAACCCGAUCAAAGGAAAUGUUUAAAUCAUCAACAGAAUCGAUAAUCGUCAACAAUACUAAUCAUAUUUUUGGAAAUGUUGAUGGAACAACAAGUUUCACCAAGCAACUUAAAUGGUUACGCUAUUUGAGAUUCCUCUCAAUCAAUGUAACCAAUAUUGAUCUUAAUCAAACUGUAGUCCCACAUCAUCAUCAUCAACAACAACAACAACAAUCGCUCAUCACCACCAGUAAAAAUGAACCCGUUCAGAAUUGCCUGCUCAACCUUAGCCUUGAAGGUUUAAAUAUUUACUAUUACAAUAAGGGAUCAUCACUAGUGUUGAAAUUUUCUGCUCACAAAGUUAAGGGAAAUGUUUACAAAUCCAUUGGUAUUGAUGGAGAUGCUGAUGAUGACAAUCACCCACCACCUACUUUACAUCAUCACCAAACGGAUGAAUCAAACCUUUUAGCUGAUUUUAGCCUUGAUUUUGAAAUUCAACUGAAUUUUAAUGAAGAUAAAAUUGGUGUAAACAUCCAUUUAUCUGGUCUUAAAUUAAGUGUUCACGAAUCUUUAAUUAACUUAAUCGACGAUACUGCUGCUUCAUCAUCGAAACCCACCCUGAUUUCAUCUAACAUUAUAUCCAAAGAGCUAUCAUCAUUAUCUUCAUCAUCAUCAUCAACAACACCACCAACAAUUACCCCACCUUCAUCAUCAUCAUCACCAAUUGAUUUGUUUAAAUCAUUUAAUUUUCUAUACAAUUUCAAUGAUAUCAUUUUCACUUGUGAGAAGUUAAAUUUUCAACUGAUUAACAAUGAAAAUAAUCAAAUUUUAACUCUAAUCAAUGAUGAAACUGAAUUCAGGAUUGGUAAAAAAUCUUGCAAUCAUGUUAACAUUGAUCUAAUUGUUAACAAUUUAACUCUAACUUCACUUUCAAAUGAAAGUAAUUAUGAUAUUGCUUCAUUGGCAAAAUUAUCUUUCCAAGGCAAGAUUCAAGAAGAAAGUUGCAUCAAUCAAUGUAUCAAGAUCACCAAUACUUCAGAAAUAAUUAAUCUUCAUAUAACCUACAAUGAGAUGGAAAUUAACUAUUGGUUAAAUCUAAUUAAUCGUUUAACAACAUCAUCAAUCUCAUCGAAAGUUUCACAAUCAUCGACCAAUUCAACGAUUAAAUCGUUAACCAGCAAGGAUGAUUUACUCUCGAUAAUUUUACGACAUGAAAAUCCAAGAAUUAAAUUAUCAUUCGAGACUGAAUUUAAAAAUAUUUCCAUUCGAUAUUCUAAUUGUUUAUAUUGUUAUCCAAAAUGUUUAAUUGGUUCCAUCCAAAAUGGUAAAUUAACUGCAAACAUUGAUCCAGAUCCAAUUAGACAAGAAUUAAGCUUUGAAUUUCGUUUGGAUAAUCUUAAUUGUUCCGAACAAACCAAUCUACCAGUUCCAUGUUCAGAAUCAUCUAAUGCUCAUACUAAAGAUAUUCUAGUCUGGCAAACUUGUCACUUUAAGCUGAGUCAUACUUUACUAUCAAAUUCAAUAAUGAAUUGUAGUAUUGAAGAUCCUGUUUUAGACAUUGAUUGUAUUCAAUCAGUACUUGUUAAAUUAUUUACCGAGAAACAAGAAGCUAAAUUACCACAAUCAGCAUCACAAUUAACUGAUGAAGAAAAUAUAAAUCGAGAAAAUGAAAAAUCAUCUACAUGUCAACCUCAACCACAACCACAACCACAACCACCAUCAUCAUCAUCUUCAUCAUCAUCAACUGUAACAUCAAUUCAUCACAAUCAACAUAAUUUAUCACUUUUUAAAUCAUCAACCUUUGAUUUAAAAUUGAAUGGUUUAAUCGCUGUCUCUGAGCAAUUGAAAUUAACCAUUAAAUCAUCGUACCUUAAAAUUGACACCAAUCGUAUUGUUAUGGCCUUGAAAAAUUCAGAGAUUCACUUAUUGACACCAUUAGUUGAUUCUAAUACAAUUAACUCAGUUGAAAUUGACCAGAGGCGAUUAUAUUCAUCUGAUUUUACCUUUACCAUUGAUUAUACUAAUCAUGAACGUUCAUUUACCUUUUCCGAUGACGCUUACCUUUUAUGGAGUGUAUCUUUUCACAUGAACAUGGUUCGAGCUUAUCGUUCAAUCCGUUUCAUUUGGAGUACAAUUAGAUCAUCCAGAAGCAGCGCAACCACUGGUGUCAAGCAGCAAUCAGCAAUUAAAAAGAAUCUCAUCACAACGACCACAAUUAAAUUAGGUGAUAAUGUUAAAAUCGGUGCAUUAGUUUCCAAUGUUGGACAAACGGUUUUCCUUGAAUUUCCCUGUAUGAACUUGACCAUUCCCUCUGGUGAUAGGAUGACCUUUAAAGCGGACUGUUCAAUAUCACUGAUUGUCGAUAAUCGUUUAAUUGGUAAAUUUGAUCAACUACGAUUUAUCCGUUUACCUGAUACAGAAAGUGGUUCAAUAAUUAAUCGUAAAGAUUUCACUGAUUCUGGUAAACCUCUUAAUCUAUCAAGAAAUAAUAUCUUCUCGAUUACCAUUGAAUCAAUUAAACUAAUGUUCCCGUAUAAGUUUAAUUUUGCCGAGAUUUUCAAUGAGAAAUUCAUUGGAACCAUGAAAUGGUUACGUAAAUAUCAUUCCUCAAAUAAUCCCGUUCGAGAUGUAGUAAAAUGUGAUCUUCAUAUUAAGAUUAAAACGAUUACCGUUGAGGUGGGCGAUGAUCCAUUCGAGGUGAAAUUACGUGAUAAUUAUGAGCUAAUGGAAGAUGAAUAUCAUGAGAGUAAGAAAAGGAUACAAAUGUGGAGAGAAAAAAUCGACGAAUCGAAAAAGAAAAAUAUGUCUCUAACUGAGGCCAAAUUGAACGAACUGUUUGCCGCUUUAUCAAAGAAACAGGAAAAUGUUUACAUUGAACGACAUCGAAAACUUUACCUUACUAGUCCACCACGAGCUCAUCUAUUCCUUAUUUCCGUUGAAGACUUGGAACUAAAAAUUGCCGCUGAUUCCUCUUUAACUGGUUACGAUAAACUGGUUGAAAUAAUAACCAAAAGACUGGACAGAGAAUCACCUUUUCCGACUGACCUUAAAUUUGUAACUCUCUGGGGUCGAUAUGUUCAAGGAUCGAUUGGAUCAUUUUGUUCACGUCUUCGUGAUUUCCCUAAACCUUUAUUGGACCUUAAAGGUUUAAAAGUUUCCGGUUUACUUCUUGGUGCUGAAAAAGAGGCCGGUUUCCGUUCUCGUCGAGAGUGUCCCAUAGAUUUAGGUCCAGGUCUCCCUCCACUCAUCAUUGAACGUUCAAUGUCACCAUUGAAAUUUUAUCACGAUCUUAACUUUGAUGUUGAUUAUAUCGCUUAUACUCAUGGUGCCUGUUGGGAGCCCGUUUUACAACAAUUAAGCAUUUGUUUUGAAUCGAUAAUUAAACCCUCCGUUGACCCUAGUCCUUCACUUCCUUGGUGGGAUCGCCUUCGACUCCUUUUCCAUGGUUCCCUUCGGGUCACCUCGAAAAAUUUAUCAUUCUUCCUUCACGGGUCACUUAAUCCCUAUAAUUCAACGGAGUUAAUUGAAAUCGCUUUCGGCUCUCCCAAAAUUGAUUGUGUCACUGGUAAAAUUGGUGUUUGUGGUACUCUUGGUUUACUCGUUCACACCGCUUCCAAAUACGAUGAACGUAAAAUUUUAAACUUUCCCGAUGUUCGUAUUACUGUUGACCUAAUGUGGGAAUGCUUGGGUAACCCUUACGAUCAUCAUCCGGUCACUCCACAUGCAGCGGACAAAGUUCCCGAUUAUUCAAUCCACCAAAAUUGGGACUCAUAUCGAGCCUUUAGAUCACAAAAUUUAAAGGUUCAAAUUUGCAUAGAAAAUUUAAAAGUUUGUCAGAAACAAAUGCCGUCGAUUACAUUGUUCAGUUCGACACUUAAAUGGUUAGAAAAUCAGAAAACAAUAUUCCGUGGGAUCGCUCGUCUAACCCGAAGAGGUAAAUUGUUCGGAAAUGUUAAACCUCGAAAAAAGCCUUUCUCUCGAAUCUUCAAGGAAAUAAGACUAACUGUUUAUCUAAAAAAAUUCAAGGUCUAUUAUUGGUCUUCCCUCUCUAAACAAUUAGGACUUGAAUUUCUUGGUGGUUCAUUAAGUCACAGUGCGAUUCAUAAGAUAUCCUUUAUCCCUUAUGCUGAUGGAUUAUGUCGAAGACCUCGACCUGUGUCUUAUGUUGCUUGUAUGAACUCGGAGGUCAGUGAUGUCGAGAUUUGGUUGUGUAAAAAUGAUUCCGUUAAAAUGACCCCCAGUUUGGAAGAUAUUGAAGAUCAUUACGAAUCUCGAGGAACCGUUAGACAUUUUUUCGUUUCUUUCCAAACGAUGUCCUACAAUCGAGCUUCCUCCGAGGCCACUAAUCCAACUGAAUUCAAUGAUCCCGAUUCAAAUGAUCCAACCCAUGGUUUGGUUAUUCACGGUCUAAAAGGAGCCUGGACCAAGCAGAAUCGUGACAUUGCCGUAUCGUUGUUUGAUCUUUACAUGAACGCUGAACAAUUAAAACGUAACCUGUCCACCGACGCACUUAAAGGUAUUCGUAUUGACGGACAAUCGGGCUAUAGCGGUGGAUCACCAGUUAAAGGAAAAUAUCUUAAUCAACCUCAAUCAUCAUCUCCAGCGUCAACGUUGAAUAAAAAUUAUGCCGCUUCGAUGUUGCAAAAACUGAUCGCCGACUCUGAGUCAAACCCUGAAGGCGUUUUUACCGAUGAUGUUGAAGGUGCUCUUGUCUCAGAGGAGCCCAAAUUGAGGGGAAUAGCGGCCUGUUCAGAUGAGAAUGUGAUCAAGAAAAACUGGCUCAUCGAAUUAGUCAAUUCUCAGGUCAUGUUACGAGGAUGCGAAACUUUUGGUUACAUGAUUGUUUCCGCUUCCAAAACUCAGAUAGUCCAGAAACUUUACACUCCCGUUUGGAAAGAUCGAACUCUUCUAAGUAAAACCUCACUGGUGGGUUCGAUUGAGGGAAUGCAAUACUAUGCAACGGUAGACGCUCAUCGAUCUGAUGACGAUGAGAUCGAUUGGUUAACUGUUGAUAAUAUUGAGGAAAAAACUUGCAUCGAUAUAAAUGAACCUCCCGAUCUUGUUGGUUCAGGCCAAUCGGCUGGAGGUGUUGUCUCUCCGGUCGUCGGUAGAUCGGAUAUACUUUCCUCUUCACCCAUUCAAUUACAACGAAUCAUAUCAAGAUGUUCCUGUCAAUUUUAUUAUGUUAAUUAUUCCAAAGAUGUGCCUUCCGAUAUUGUCGAUAAAGCCCCACCCUUACCGGAAGAAGAUGAUCUUCUUAAUCUGGAACCUUGGGAUAAAGAGAUUGCCGUUGAUUCAUUUACCAUGAAUCAUCAUGAUCUUGAGAUUUACACCAAUUCCCAACAAUUUGCAAUGAUCAUGGAUCUGGUUAACAAUUUACUUCUUUACGUUGAACCUCAUCGACGUGAGGCUUUUGAAAAUCUUCAACGGAUGAAAUUUAAAUCGGUUCUUGAUCCAACUGAAUCACUCCGAGGUCCAAUUCUGGUUUAUCAAGAUAAUC